CCUUCGUUGCCUUCUCCACGAAGAGUUCUUUCUUUCUUGCUAACAACGUUUUCAAUCAAAAGAAACAAAAUCUGCAAAACCAAAUCCAAAACCAAAACGAAUCCACAAAAGAAUUGAGACCGAUUAUCUGCAGUGGCCACCCCUGACCUGAAGACACGGCCUGCUUCUCACCUUCCACUAUCUGCAAUUACCACUUGCAACUUACAACGCCCGUUAGUCAACAACGGGAUAUGUCGGUUGCUUGCGAUCUUGAUGAUGAUGUCGAUGAUUGCAAUCAUGGGAGUAAUAUGGCGAUAUAUAAGAGAUCCUAUUCAACAGUUUGACCUCAUUUUCACAGGUUAGAGCCUGAUGAGCAUGGUAGACGAGCAUGGUAGACGGAAAGCUAUAUGCAAAACAUGUGGUAAGAAGUACUUAGCAGAUAAUGUGAGUGGCACAUCUAAUUUAUUAUGCCAUUUGGCAAGUCAUGCUCAUAAUGAGGAGCAGCCUACUGGAUUAGCCACGGUUGAUCAUGAGAUAUAUCGUGAUAAGGUGGCUAUUGCAAUUGUUAAACAUGACUACCCCUUCCAAUUUGUGGAACACAUUGGAAUUAGAGAAUUGCAUUUAUUGUUAAAUCCUUCUGUGAAAAGCAUUUCGCGUAAUACAGCUAAAUCUGAUGUGUUAAAGAUUUAUAGAAGAGAAAAAGAAAAGGUCAAAAAAGAGCUUGAACUUGUACAAGGCCGCAUUUGUUCGACAUCUAAUCUAUGGUCUUCUAUUACGAGUGACGGAUACAUGUCACUUACAAUACAUUAUGUUGAUUAGAAUUGGAAUUUACAGAAGAGAAUAGUUGUGUUUCGUCAUGUACCCCCUCCUCAUAAUGGUCCAAAUUUAUCCGAGAAGCUGAUUAAUUUUCUAAAUGAAUGGGAAAUUGAUAAAAAAAAAUUUCACCAUCACUCUAAAUAAUGCAAAAUACAAUGAUAGAGUGACUAGAUUAUUGCAAAAUUAUUUUUUAUUUAAUGGUUCUUCCAUUUGUGGAAGUGAAUUUCUUCAUGUCCGUUGUGGUGCACAUGUGUUGAAUUUAAUUGUAAAGGCUAGAUUGCAUGUGAUUGAUGAAGCAGUUUAUAAAAUUAGGGAAAAUGUAAAGUAUGUGAAAGGAUAUAAAAGUAGGGUCAUAAAGUUUGCCGAAUUGGUGAAACAACUGUCAUUGGAAACAAAUAAAAAAUUGCGACAGGAUAUAGUAACUAGAUGGAAUUCUACCUAUCUCAUGCUUGAGAGGGCCUUACUUUUUAGACAUGCAUUUUCUCGACUUCAAGAUGUGGAUGAUGACUACAAGUUGCGUCCUUUAGAAGAGGAAUGGCAGAGGGUCGAAAAGAUUGCAGAGUUUUUUAGGCCUUUCUAUGAUAUGACAUUAUUGUUCUCGGGAAGUAAAUACCCCACAACUAACUUAUACUUUCCCAAUGUUUGGAAGAUUCAAUGUCUCUUAAAUAAAGAGGCCAAUAGUCCAGAUUUUUUGAUCAGUGAAAUGGCUUCUAAUAUGAAGACCAAAUUUCAAAAGUAUUGGGACUGCUAUAGUGUUAUCUUAUCAUUUGCCAUUAUUUUGGAUCCUCGUUACAAGCUCCAGUUUGUGGAAUAUUGCUUUUUUGUGUUGGAUCCUCAAUCACGGGAUGAAAUGGUUCUUAGUAUUAAACAAAAGUUGUUUAUUUGUUCGAAGAGUACUCUAAGACCAAUACUGCAAUUACUGCUACACCAAUGGAGGGUACUUUUAAUGGUGAUGAUGGACAAACUAGAGAUCUCAUGGAUGGUUUUGAUGUGUACCAAUCUCAACAAGGGGCAAGUGGUAACAAAUCUGAGUUGGAGUUGUAUCUUGAGGAGCGACUAGUAGAUCGUAAGCAACAACCAGAUUUGAAUGUUUUGACUUAUUGUAAGGAGAGUAGAAUUAGAUAUCCUGAGCUUUCACUUAUGACUUGAGAUAUCUUCAGUAUUCCUAUUACUACUAUAGCAUCUGAGUCUGCUUUUAGUCAUGGUGGGAGGAUUCUUGGAAAAUUUCGAACUUCUAUGUUGCCAGAUAAUGUGGAGACACUACUAUGUUCUCGAGAUUGGUUGUAUAAUAGUGAAGAGAGUCCUGAUAAAGAUUUUGAAGGUGAACAAGAAGACGAGGAGCAAGAUCUUGGAAGUGAUAUUAGUAGAUUUAUUGCUGAACAAGAUGCAUAUGCAAAUGUUGAUACUUAGUAACUGUUCUAGUAUAUGUCCAUUUGUUAUAUCACUGGGGUUGAAUGCUGCUCAAGUGCCAUGAGCAUAGCAGGCACAAGUGCUCUCCUAGCUUCACUAACUCCUGGAAUUGAGCCAUCAUCAUUUUGUCCAUGUCCUGGAAUAGCAAUAUUGCUCACCAACAAGAAAACAAAAAUCCAGGAAAACAUCAGCUCAGCCAUAGUAUUUUGAGUGUGUGUCUGUGUGUGAAAAGUGACAAAGAUUCUGUGUCUGUGUGUGAAAAGUGACAAAGAUUCUUUAAGAGCUGAGGUGAACAGAGGUGAGGAAGUGAUGGAUGAAAUGAUGAUGAUAAUGAACUAGUUGUGGGUAAUUCUAUGUCUUUUUGGGUAAUUUUCGUAUGCCUUUUAGCCUUUUAUGUUUGGUGAUCUUGAGCUCCUAAGCCUCGAGGAGUACUUCUCUCUAAUGUCCAAAAAUCCAGGAUUGAAAUAUUGAGUAUUUAGGCAGCUUCAGUUCUUAGUUCAACAGAUUUUUUCUUUUUCGUUCAUUGCUUUAAUUUGGAAGCUACAACCUGUAUGGAUAAUUCUAAAUUUGUGCCAUAUGAACAUGGUUGUUCGAAUA